CAGGUGCCUACGCCACCGCCGCCGCCGCCGCCGCCGCCCUGCAGCAGCCGCCGGAGCGCUCGGGGGGCGGCUGGCUGCGAGCAAACUUUGAUUCCUGCUACAACAGAUGUCAAAGAGUUUUCUUGGGUUUUCUUGGCUGCGUCUGGGGACAUCUUGUGAUGUUUUAGAGAACAGGACAUGAUCUCACAUGGCGAGGAGCUCUUUACUUUCUUAAUCAUUUCACGGUUCCUUCAGAGGCUUUUUUCCACCUAAAACGUUUAGUUUCAGCUCAGUGAUCAGCUGCAAAAGCUCGGCGGGGAGCGGAAGAGUUGAAUUAUUCCAACCUGCGAGAGCUCCUUAAAAAAAUAAAAAAAAAAAAAGAAAAAAGAAAAUAAGAAGAAGAAAAUAAAGAAAAUAAAGAAGAAUAAGAAAGAAAAGACGACAAGAAAGAAAAGACAGGAAAAGAGAAAAUAAAAAAGGAAAAGAAAGGAAAAGAAAGAAAAAAAGGUAAGAAAAAAGAAAAGGAGAAAACAAAACAAGGAAACACGAGGAGAAAAGAAACGAAGAGAAGAAGGAAAAAAGAAGGAAAGGGAAGGCUAUAGCAACACGACGUGGAAACUUUUCUCGCUGCUCGUCUCCCCAAGCCCCGACAACCCGGGAUGGAGUUGGAGAAAACCUACGGGACCCCCCGGGCUGGCCGCACAGCCCCAAACCCGAGCGCCGCCGGCGAAUCGAAGUCUGCUCGGCGAGGCCGCCCCGGCCCGGACCGCUCCGAUGGAAAUACACUGUAAGCACGACCCGUUUGCAGCAAUGCAUAGACAUGGAGGCGUCAAUCAGCUGGGGGGUGUUUUUGUGAAUGGCCGCCCCCUCCCAGAUGUGGUUCGCCAAAGGAUCGUGGAGCUCGCCCACCAAGGGGUCCGACCGUGUGACAUCUCCCGGCAGCUCCGUGUCAGCCAUGGCUGCGUCAGCAAAAUACUUGGCAGGUAUUAUGAAACUGGGAGUAUUAAGCCUGGAGUGAUUGGAGGAUCAAAACCAAAGGUCGCCACACCCAAAGUCGUUGAAAAAAUUGCAGAAUACAAACGCCAAAAUCCCACCAUGUUUGCCUGGGAGAUCAGGGAUAGACUCCUUGCUGAGCGAGUGUGUGACAACGACACCGUGCCCAGCGUCAGUUCAAUUAACAGGAUCAUACGGACGAAGGUGCAGCAGCCACCCAAUCAGCAGGUCCCAGCCUCCAGUCACAGCAUAGCCUCCACGGGGUCCGUCACCCAGGUGUCCUCCGUCAGCACUGACUCCGCUGGCUCAUCCUACUCCAUCAGCGGGAUCCUGGGAAUCGCCUCCCCCGGCACUGAGAGCAACAAGCGCAAGCGGGAUGAAGGUAUUCAGGAAUCUCCGGUACCAAAUGGCCAUUCUCUCCCAGGCAGAGAUUUUCUUCGGAAACAGAUGCGAGGAGACCUUUUCACCCAGCAACAGCUAGAAGUGUUGGAUCGAGUCUUCGAGAGGCAACAUUAUUCUGACAUUUUCACAACAACUGAGCCCAUCAAACCAGAGCAGUGGUGCUCCAUGCUGAUGAGACAGUGCGUGGUACAACCGCAGGCAGUCAUUUUUCAGGCAACUGAAUACUCAGCCAUGGCAUCAUUAGCUGGUGGAUUAGAUGAUAUGAAGGCCAAUAUAACCAGCCCUACUUCUGCAGAUUUGGGAGCGAGCGUUCCUGGGCCUCAGUCAUAUCCUAUUGUCGCAGGUCGUGAGCUGGCAAGCACAACCCUCCCAGGAUACCCUCCGCACGUCCCUCCUGCCGGACAGGGCAGCUAUUCCGCUCCAGCGCUGACAGGGAUGGUGCCUGGGAGUGAGUUUUCUGGGAGCCCAUACAGCCACCCACAAUAUUCAACAUACAAUGACUCCUGGAGGUUUCCCAACCCUGGACUCCUGGAGUCUUGUGUUACAGUAGGCACCAACUGGGUCACUACACAGGUAACAUUAUAUUGCUUUGACUGUACAAUGACACACUGAUUUGGAGUUACAGGACUGGAAGUUUUGAUGCAUCAAAAAGAAAAAUUGGACUUUUUUGUUCUGCAGCAAGUACUGAGGAUAAAUUUACCAUUCCAGUUCAGCCUGGUCUCAAAACUGGGAGUGAUGGAGUUUCCUGAAGGGGUAGUUGUAGAAAUGCCUGUUCUGCUCUGUUCCUGUCCUUACUGCAAGAACUGCUGAGCUGGUCAAGAGCUGGUGCAGCCUGUAACUGUACCUCCUUGUGCUGCUCGAAUGCACCGUGGCCACCAUGUAAGAGCUGGGCAGUGAGGUUUCAGCGAGCUGAACCUUGGGAUUCCCUUUCUUUACAAACCUCUCUGUCCAUGAAGCACCAAAAGGAAAACGGUGGACUGUUUGGAAAGGCAGUUAUUAGAAGUCAGCAUCGUACCACACUGAUGCUGCAAAGGUCCAUGAUUUCCUAGUCCCCAUUUCCCCAGAUCUUCUUGAUUGGGAUCGGUUUUCUGUGCCUUUGGCUUUUCUGCCAUAAUUUUCCUCAGCAUGGCUGAUGAGAUCCUUUUCUCUUACAGUACUGGAGACCUAUGAUCGGUUUUAUAGUUGAUCUUUUCAUUGAUUAUUUCCUUGUUUUGCCACGACUGGCAACUAUCUUGCUGAUCAAGGAUGCUGUGUUUUGGUUGGAAACCCACUGAAGCCUAAGGGCUCCUGUUGCCAGCCUUGUGCCUGCCUUUACCACCACCAAUGCUGGAGAGCCCAGGAGUGUUUCUUCCGUCAGAAUUUCAAAAUCUGCCCUGGGAGUUUCCUCAGAUUGUCCUUCUGAGUCUUCUGGAAGAGGGAUGACUCACUGAACCAGAAACUGAAAAGGAAGAUAAAUGUUCUGCAAUGGUGGUGAGGCACACUUGGGCACAUGGUGGCACUGGGUGCCUGGCAAAACAAGACCAGCUUUCCCCAGGUUGGUCCUAGCUGCCCACUACCUCGUGUCUGCAUCUCCGAUUGAAAAGGCAAAAGCCCGAGUACUGCAUGGCAAGACAAAGUAAGAAAUCUAGGUUGCCAAUAGGAUGUCUGGGAAUAAUUUUUUAGUGAGUGUCUUCCUCCACAGGAAGCCCAGACUGCUUGCCUGUGGGACACAGUGCUGGGGGGCAAGAGCAUUGACCUGGUGCUCCAGGAGACACUGCCAGGUCCGAGUACAGCUGUAGGACCUGAGCAAGAGCAUCUCUAUGUUUGGCUGUAGGCUGCGUGUCAGACACAUCUCUUGUGCCCUGUGGAGAUCCUGCUUAUCCACAGCUCUCCCUUUCUCCCUGCGAGCCUGAUCCCGUACUCGCUUCUCCCAGGGUGCCUGCUAACCCCACUGAUAAUUCAGGGCAAGUAGGAGCCUGUGGCAGAGCCUUAAAAACCUGCUCCAGGUCUCCUUGAACACCCAGAAGGCGCUGUGUGACAUGUCUUGAGCACCCACAGUGGUGAGGAGGUUAAUUUAAACCAUAUCCAGGAUGCUUCCACUCUUCUCAGGAGUAUACGUGAGUGCAUUUAGUAAUUCUCUCCUGAGAGGAAGCUCUGGCACUAUCAGCCUCAAAGUAGAAACCUUGACAAAAUUAAUCAGGACUGGUACAUGGACUGACAGAGUUUGUUUUACUAAGUCCCGCUCCCUUCACUGAGAUGAAGGUGUAAUACUGUAAGCACUUAACAGUGCCUACAUUCAAUUAAUUCCCUGUGCUGGCAAGAACGAACAGCAAUCACACCACGCUGAGACCUGUGAAAGAGGAGCUAAAAGGAGAGAUGCUGUGAUUUGCAAGUGGCAGGAAGAAAGAAUACUUGGGUUGAAAAAUUAUUUUUAUGGGGAAUAAAGAGAAUACGAAUGGAGAGAGAUGAGAAUGGUGAAAAGGUGUUGGUAGUUGGUCCCUGGCCUUUGCCCCGUGAGUGCGGAGUGAGAGAUGUGAGCCACGUCUCCAUGGGAAGGCAGGACCAUGCUCUCAGCAUGCGGGUGGUGGGAGCUGUCCGGUCCCAGCAGAGCACCGGCUGCUGCCCAUCGCCCCGGUACCUGCUCUGCCCUUGCUCUGGUGCUCCCCACUCCUCUGCACUGGGCAACCCAUCCACAUCUCCCCCAGGUGACCAUGAUCCCUCCUCGCCAGGGCAGUCCUGAAUGCUGUGCCCCACAGCUCUUGUGGAAGGGGGGACAGCCCAGCUGCAGUCCUCCAGGUGGUCAACAGAAGCAUGGGCAGAAGAAGCAGUCAGCUACCUGCUGCAGCUCUGCGGCAUCUGCCUGCUCUCCCAUCCCAUUGUCGGCCGUGGUGGCACCCACAGCCAGCUCUGCAGCAGAGGCUUGAUGGACUUGGCUGCGUGGGGUGGCUCAAUCCCACCCCAGCCAUGGCUGGAGUGCAGACAGACCCCAAGAUUCCAGAGGGGUGAUGCUGGGAAGAGGACACAAACCCCAGCUGCUCGCAUGGUGUCUGGCUUGGUGGCUGUAGCAGGUGUCCCCAUCUCAAAGCUGGAAGAGAAGGUGGAAAGGGGCUUACUUUUUCUUUCUUUUUUUUUUUUUUCUUUUUUUUCCCCCCAGUGUGCUGUGAAUGACCUGCAGGUGGUACAGUACAGGGAUGCACAGGGAGGCACGUGCACGAGCGCAGGGGAAGCAAGCUCUGUCACUGUCAGCGUGUCCUGGCGAGCACCAGCACAGAGUUGGCUCAAUGCGUACGUGCCAAGAGUGGCUAAUGGCCACACCAUCUAAUGAAGAAAAACGAUUCAAUUUCAUGCUGACUUGUUGCAGUAACUUCUUUACCUCUUUCGCUCAUUGCAGUCAGCUUGACGCUGCUGGCAGCAGGUUUCUGGUGACACGGUGUCCCCACUGCUGCCAGGACAUGGUCCCUGCACGCUGGCUGGGAGGGUUUGCCUGCACUGUUGUGGUGCCAUGGCUGCUGGUGCCAGCUUGGCAGCAGGUGAAGGCAGGGCUUGGAGCCGGUCAAUUAGGAUUAGAUUCUGUUCUUCUGUGGGUUCCUGUAAAAAGAUUAGAGAACAAGUAGGUGCCAGAAAUGACUGUGUCAAGAAAUAAAUUGAUGGUAGUAUGAAUUAGAAAGGAAAAAUGGCAGAAGGACAGAGAAGGCUGUUCUGAAUGGGGGUAUGGUGACAGGAAGAGUAAAUGCUUUGUGAUGUGAUGUUUUCAUUUUUCACUUUAAAUACAAGCUUUUUUGAUUUCACUGCUGAAAGGCAAACUGGAAAAAUCAAAAUUGAGAGAAGCAUGAGGCCUUCGGAAAACAUGAGAGAAAUAUUGGGCUUCAGUAGUUGCACUGAGUCAGAACAGCAGCGGAGGAAGAGGGAGGGGGAAAGCCACGACCCUGAUCCCAGAAAGACCCUUUACCUUCAAACCUACAGAAGCAGCGCAUCCAGCUCUGGUGAGAUGCACAUGCUGCUCUGUGAGUCAGGGUGAAAUUGUUUGGUGCUACUGGAUCACUUCCCUGCAUUUUCCAUCCCUCUGCCUGAGCUGACCUGCCUUGUCCCAUGCUGGUGCUGGUGGGGACUGGGGUCUUUGCUGCGCACCAGUGUCCCCUGCUCACCAUCGACCUUCUGGUGCGGCAGUGGGUGAGGACAUUGGUUUCAUCUGGCCCUUUGUGGGCCUGUGAAGUGUUUUACUCUGAGACGCUGCCUGCCCUGCAGCGGCAGAUGAUCCCCAGGGACUCCCAGGCAGCAGAACUGGCUGUGAGGGGACACAGACUGACAAAAUGGGCACCCCAGGAGGGUGGCCCCCAGUUCAGUGGGUACAGAGAACAUCCCCAAAACGCCAGCUAUACAGGGCAUGCACAUUUUGAAGUCUGGUGAACUGUUAAGUUUCCCUUUGCCCAUUCAAGACUGCCUCGUUUGGCCAAGAAAGGCUUCCAUGCUUUUAAUUGCUUGCAUUUGGCUGGGACACACAGUACAUACAGCAGCUUAUUUUAGGCUACCCAUGAGAACGAUGUUUGCUGUCCUUGUGAAACUUUCCAGUGUUCUCCUCCAUGAAACAUGGUUCCUGAGGCUCGGGCUUGUUAACCUGAUGUCAGCUAUCUGGAAGAGGAGCAUCCAUCCAGCCCAGGACAGCGGUUGUGGUGCCCUCAGCAGAUAGCGCAAGGCUGUCAGCUCUGCACUUACACAGAUGUAAAUGAGAAGAUGACCCUCUGAGGUGGUCUACUUUGCCUCUUGAUUAUGGCUUAAAAUACUUAAUGUCUUAGUUCGUAAACCUAAGUGAGAUGGGGUCCUGCCUAAAAGUUCCGCAGACAUGUUUGCAAAUGCUUAGCCUGGCCAGUGAUUUCACAGACUGUAUUGAUUUACUGUUGUGUAUGGGAGGACUACCAUUCUAGAGAACCGGGACCACAGUUCUGAAGCUUGGUUUAUCUGCUUUAAACCCAGCCCUUUGCACAAACCCAGGUUUGCACAAUAUUUGGAUUUAGCACGAAAACAGUGUUGAAAACACACUGAUGUUUUAAGUUGCUGCUAAUUUGUACUUACUCUAAAUCAAGGACUUUUCAGUUUCCCGUGCUGUGACCAACAAGGAGGUGCACAAGAAGGUGUGAGGGAAUAGGGCCAGGACAGCUGCCUCGGACCAGCCAAAGAGAUAUUUUAUACCAUAGUAUGUCAUGCUCAGUAUAUAGCUGAAGGGAGUUGGCCGGGGGAUGCCAGUCUGCUGCUGAGGGUCUGGCUGGGCAUUGGGCACCCGAGAGGUGAGCAAUUAUGUUGUGCAUCACUUGUUUUUUUUCCCCUUGGGUUUAUUCCUUUCUUUCUCUCUCCUUUUCAUUACAAUUGUUGUUCAUAUUUUAUUUCAAUUACUAAACUUUCUUAUUCCAACUGAUGACUCUUACCUUUUUCUGAUUCUUCUCCCCAUCCCACUGGAGGUGGCGGGGGUGGAGCAAGUGAGCAGCUGCAUGGUACUUAGUUGCUGUUGGGGGUUAAACCACGACAGAAGGUUUUUAAUAGCUAGUUCUGUCUGGACAGAUUGGUAUGUCUCCAGGUACGUCUGUAGUCAAAGACUCUUCUUCAUCCAAGCAAACAGCCCAGGUUCCAGGUGAUCCUCUGGUGAUCACCCAGUCUACUGCUGCUUAGCCCUGUGGGGCAGAAAAUUGUCACCAAUAUUUUUCAGGCCUUUUCUUGGUAAACAAGUGCUUCAGCAUUCAUCAAUCUGCAAAGCGCUAAGUCCGGCCCGCUAGUUUAUUCAGAUGUGCGACACGUAUUCAAUGAAAACGGAGACCAUAAAUUUGAUCCGUUUGAGACUUUUAAGUGUCCAUUUCAAGAGCUGUGAUUUGGAGCAUCAGAUACUUCAUCGGAUGAGGCAUUAUUCACUGGAGGUAGUUGUAAACUACUUUCCGAGUUCAAAUUCGUUACCAAGUGAAGGUCACCAGUGUUUUCUAAAGGCAGUUUCUCCCCUCAACAAAUGUAUUGGAUGCCGAAGGACUCUCCCUGGCCAGGCAGAGCCCAGUGUGGUGGGGUGAUCACAAGGCAGAUCUGGGAGCACAAACUUGGCCACUCUUUUCUGGAGCUCUGAGGCCACAGAUGGGAGCUAAGCAAAAUCCAGGGGGUUAUUCCCUGACAGGAGUUUGAGAAAAGGGGGAAUUAUUGUUGAGUCCCAGUGAAAUAUGUUAAAUGCUUUGGGGUUCAACCUCCUCCUCCCCAGAGGAGAGAAAAAGUAAAUCAGAGAAGCCAGAGUGUGGUAAUGUGUUGGGGCAGGAGCAUUUCGACCUUCCAUUCUGAAAAGUAAUUCACUUCUUUUUGGCAAGAACUACUGUUUUGAGUGGAGGAAGGGAACCAGGUACCCUACAGCCAGCAGAAGUGCAAAGCAAUGGUAGCAACGUUCUCAUGCAGGAUGCAUGAAUGUGAUUUUUAUUCUAAUUACCCAGCCUUUACUGCUGUGAGCCUGAGCUCAGGCAGGAGAGCUCUCUGCAGCCCGUGUCGGCAUGCUGCAAGCUGGCAUCUGUCCACCUUUGUCUUCCUCACAGUCAUC